ACAUGCCCCGUUCCUCCUCCAAUUUUUGGUGUUGCUCAUGACUUCUCCAUGUUGCGCCUGCAACCUUACGUAGCAGGCGGUGAGGAUGUCAUCCAAAAUUAUGUAUUGCAUUCAUACGAUGUGCAGCAUCGUUUGUUUAAUUUCGUGUUAGAUAGAGAUUUUUGGAGCUCAUUGUUUGGGCAUACACACGACGGAUGGUUGGAGUCAGCGCAUAUAACCAUUUGGUACCGACUUUUGAUGGAGAGACGGUUUGAGAGCGACCGACAUACAAUAAUGCCUCCAAAUUUUUUUGUUUCUCAUGCUUUGGAAGAAGGACAGGACUGGAGGGCGUUUAUGGCUGGUAUUGCUACAUACCCUAACUUCAUGGUUGCUUGGUGGGAUGUUGAUACGGUCUUAUUGCCGAUUCAUUCAUCCCCUAAUCAUUGGCUAUUUGGGGAACUACGAUUAGCGUCAAUGGAAGUGCAUAUUUAUGACAGUCUUGGUAGAGGUGCUUAUGAAAAAUUCCAAUCCGAAGGAAUCUUUUCCAAAUUUGAACGUCGGGUGGCAAAUUAUUUGGACAAGAUUAAGUAUUGGGCGCGGAGGAACAUCCCAAGGAUUCCAUUGAAUAUGCAAUUCAUUUAUGAAGAAAACGUUCCCCAACAAAGUAGUCAUUUGGGAGAUUGCGGUGUUUUUCUUUGUAUGUUUAUGGAGCAAUUGGUUUCAGGUCAACCAAUACGUGUUCUUAUUGACCCAAAGAACGCAACUUUAGAGUUCCGUCUCCGGAUGGCAAAAAUUAUUUGGGGGUCUAGUCUUGCUCCUCUGUAGUUGGAUUAUAUAAAUGUAUAUACAAAUUAAUGUUGGAUUUCAUUAUUAGUUUAUCUUUAGAGUUUACUCAACGGAUGACAAAAAAUAUAACGUUACGACAAUUACCACAAUUUAAUGACCUACUAAUUACUUAUCAAUAAAUUCAAAACAUAAGAACGACCACAA